AUGGAGAUGGAAGAGGGUUUCAGCAUGAUUGUGAUUGUGCGGGACUUUUCUUUAGUGGGGGAGUGUAUUGAGGAAGUUCUCUCUGUAAUCAAGCCGACGGAGGACGAUCGAAACAAACGUCUGGAAACAAUUCAAGAGUUUGUGAAUUCCAUCUAUUCAGCUGCUGAUUUGGGAGGUAGCUCUGUCAAACCUUUUGGAUCCUUCGCAUCAAAUCUUUAUGCAAAAUCAGGUGAUUUGGAUGUAUCGGUUGAGCUGUCAAAUGACCCUGACUCCCUUACAACCAAGAAAAAGAAGCAAGCCUUGAGAGUCAAAAGAAUAAAUGCCUUGAGUGAAGUAAGGAGAGUUUUACAAAUCAAAGGUGUUGCUAGGGAUGUGCAGUUCAUUCCUACUGCAAGGGUUCCAGUUCUUAGUUAUGUGAGCAACAAAUUUGGCAUUUCCUGUGAUAUAUCCAUCGAUAACUACCCUGGUCGAAUUAAAUCCAGAGUGCUAUACUGGCUCAAUACUCUAGAUAAGCGCUUUGGUGAUAUGGUUUUGUUGGUCAAGGAAUGGGCAAAAGCUCAAAACAUUAAUGAUCCAAAAAACGGAACCCUGAACUCAUAUUCGCUUUUCUUACUUGUCAUCUUUUAUUUCCAGACUUGUACGCCUGCAAUUUUUCCACCUAUGAACGAGUUUUUUGAUGUGGACGAUCCAGCAGGCGAGACAAAAUUGGCUUGUUUGUGAGACUGACGAUUGUGCAGUGUACUGUGUAUUAGUGUUGGUAAUUUACUCGUCACGUUCACAUGCAGAAAUGGGGUUUAUUGAUGAAAAACAUCUUGAUGUGGUCUGUGCAGCAAAUAUAAAAAAAUUUCAGCUCCAGAACAUAGGGCAAAGAAAUCAGAGCUCUCUUUGGGCUCUCCUUGUAGGAUUUUUU